CUGCAACACCUAGUUUUGUGCAACAUUUGAUUUCUUUUCUUACAUCCAUGGCUUCAUUGUUUGUUAUUAUCUUUCUAACUGUUGCAUGCUUCAAAGUCUUGUACUCAGUGAUAUGGGUUCCAUGGAGAAUCCAACAAUUAUUCAGAAAACAAGGUGUAAACGGCCCGAAUUAUCGUCCAUUUUACGGGAACACAGCAGAGAUGACACACAUGACAAAAGAAGCUCUGUCAAAAUCCAUUUCUAGCUUGAAUCAUGAUAUUUUACACCGAGUCUCACCGGAUUAUUAUCAGUGGUCAGCUAAGUAUGGCAAGACGUUUUUGUGCUGGUUCGGGAUGAGGCCGAGGCUGGUUUUGGUGGAUCCGGAUAUGAUCAAAGAUGUAAUGCUGAAAACAACUGAUACGAAUGAUCGGGAUGACUAUAAUCCUUUGUCUAGGCUGCUGUUCGCACAGGGACUUCCGGGUUUGAUGGGUCACAAAUGGGCAGCUCAUCGAAAGAUAGAAGCUCCAGCAUUCAACGUGGAUAGAAUCAAGGCUUGGGUGCCGGGGAUAGUAGCCACUGUAACAAUAAUGCUGAAUAAUUGGGAACAAAAAAUAGGAGAAAAAAUUGAAUUUGAGGUGGAUGUUCACCAAGAAAUUCAUAAUCUGUCAGCUGAGGUUAUAUCUGAAAUAGCCAUUGGGAGUGAUUUCGAAGAGGGGAGGCGCAUCUUUGAAAUACUACAGCAACAAGAGAUCCUUGCUCAUCAGGCUAUGCACAAUGUUUACAUUCCUGGAUUCAGGUUCUUGCCCACUAAAAUGAACAAGCUGAGAUGGAGAUUAGAGAAGGAAAGCCGAGAUAUAAUGAGGAUGGUUGUUGAGAGACAUGGAAAAACAAGUGAAAAUUCGACGAAUGUCUUGAGCAGGUUAAUGCCUGGUAGCAACAUGAAUAAACAUGGACCGGGGUUGGAAAUUGAGGAAAUCAUUGACGAGUGCAAGACUAUUUUCUAUGGGGGAAAAGAAGCAGUAGCCAAUGCUUUGGCUUGGGCUCUUCUUCUUCUAGCACAGCACCAAGAAUGGCAAAACAAAGCCCGUGAGGAAGUUCUUCGCGUGUGCAAAGGCAAUGAGCAUCUAGCUGCAGAGAACUUGCAAGAGUUGAAGAUUGUUGGUUUGAUAAUCAAAGAAACACUCCGACUCUAUCCUGUUGAUAAUAGCAUCUCCAGACGGACCUUGAAGAAUGUAAAAGUUGGCAGCUUAAACAUCCCAGCCGGAACAGAAGUCUACGUGCCACAAUCUGCCGUCCAUCAUGACACAAAGAUAUGGGGAGCAGACGCGAAUGAGUUCAAUCCUGCAAGGUUUGAGAACCCUCCAAAGCAUUUGGGCGCGUACUUUCCAUUUGGGCUAGGCGCCAGAAUUUGUAUUGGCCGAAAUCUGGCAAUGGUGGAAGCUAAAAUCAUCCUAGCUAUGAUCAUCAAGAAGUUUUCCUUCGAGGUCUCACCAUCAUAUGUCCAUGCUCCAAUGAUGGUGUUCACUUUGCGGCCUCAGUAUGGUGCUCAUAUCCUUGUUAGGAGGAUCAGUAAUUGAUGAUUGUACAUCCAGAAUGUAAAUUUAUGCAUAAGCUAUCUUUUCUUUUCUUUUUUGACAA